UACUGAUUAUUGCUCCAGUAUGUUAUAGAACUCAAUAGUUUAAGGGUGGGAAAGUUGGGGAAAGUGGCAAAGAAAUAAAAAGACACUUAACCUCUGCGAAUACAUAGUAAUAAUUAAAGACAUAAUAUAAAAUGAUUUGUUUUACAGUGAUUGAAUUUAAUGAAUUUUUGUUUAAUAGACAUUGCCUAAUAUGAUAUUUUUUAUAUUGUUUGUGCUUUCUUACUUAUGAUUACUUAGGUAUAUAUUGCUUAACAAUGGCUGACAAAUAUACACAGAUUAUUCAAAAAAAAUUUUUACUCUACGGUCUAAUAUUGUCAAAAGAGCUUGGAAUAUCUCUUGCAAAGCGGCUAUUGACAGUACCAGAAAAUGAACGUGAAUCUUUGCUUAUUCAGAUUAUAGAGCUAAUUUCAUCCCAAAACUUGAAUGACUCACAUAUUAGUGCUGAACAUUUAAAUCUUGCUAUAAAAGAAUGUUUAGAACCAAAUAAGUUAAAAGAUACAGAAACAAUAUUUAAUAUUAUAAAUGGAUAUGAUAUACCGAAGAUAAAGUAUGAUACAUGUAAGAAGAAGUUUAUUAUUGAUGACGAAAGCUCUUAUAGUGAAGCAGAAUAUAAAUCCUUGAUUUUUAAACAUCGUUUCGAAAUGGUGUGGCACAAGACUUUGAGACAUAAACAGUUUCUAUCUUCUAAGAUUGAGAAACAACAAACAGAUAAAACAAAUUUAAUAACUAUUGAAUAUUUAUUGAGCGAACUGAGAACAGGAAAUGUAUCUGUAAUGGGUCUGAUUACAAAAUUAACAGACAAUCAAUAUUAUUUAGAAGAUACAAGUGGAACUGUUAAAAUUGAUCUAAGCAGUACAGAUUUUCAGAAUACUUUUAUCAUGGAAGGCUGUAUAGUAAUAGUUAACGGAAUUUAUAAGGAUGAUAUGCUGCAUGUAAAAAAUAUCAGUUUACCACCAAUAGAAUCAUUAAAAAGUUUGCGAAAUGAUUUUGAGGGUGCUAAUACAUUUGGUGGACCGCAUAAUGUAUCCUUAAAAAUAUCAAAGAAGCUCCAAGUUCACGAAGAGACUAAUCAAGAUGGAAUAAUAAUAUUCAUAGCGGAGUUAUGGUUGGACGUUCCAAAUAUUCUACAAAAAUUUAGAAAAUUACUGGAAGGUUACAUGACUUAUCCUCCUAUAGCUUUCGUAUUAUGCGGCCAGUUUUUGAGUUUUCCUCCAAAUGCCACCAGCGCGCAAGCCUUAAUAACAGGUUUCAAAAAUUUGGUUGACAUAAUAGCAGAAUAUACAAGCGUAAAGGAAUCUUCCAAAUUUGUUUUUGUACCUGGUCCGCACGAUUUAGGCUCUCCUAAAAUUUUGCCAAAACCUCCUUUACCUAAAUGCAUCAUCGAAAAAGUCACAAAAGUGAUACCAAAUGCUAUUUUUACCACAAAUCCAUGUAGAAUACAGUACUGUACAAAGGAGAUUGUGGUGUUGCGAGAAGAUGUGCUGACGAAGAUGUGUAGGAACGCGUUUCGUUUUCCCAAAAAGGAAUACUUUCUUCAGCACUUUGCCAAGAUCAUCAUUAGCCAGUCACACUUGACUCCUGUGUCUCUUCGAACCGUUCCGAUAUAUUGGAGAUAUGAUCAUGCUCUACAAAUAUUUCCCACACCAGAUCUCAUUGUAAUCGCUGAUAAUUUUGAAACAUACACAACUAACUGUUCCAAUAGUUUUGUGAUCAAUCCGGGAAUGUUCUCAAAAAACUUCUCGUUUCAAGCUUACGUGCCUGCCGUCAAUCAAAUCCAAGAUUGUCAACUUCCCGAUGUACCUUAGAUAAAACAAAAGAUGUUAUAUGAAAAUUAUUUGAUAACUUUUUCUUAUAUCCAAUCCACAUAGAGUUACAUGGAUUUAAUUAAUACACACAGUCUUUCGUAAUGUAUAUUUAUUUCGCUUGGAUAACAAAAUUUUGUUUAUUUUACAAUAUUUCGAAAACGCAUCGGAAAUGGAUCACUUAGAUUAUAACUUUCGCUAAUAUGUAAAUGUAAAACAAAAUUAAAUAAAGUCUGAGAGACAGAAAUAAUUUAAUCACA